AUGCUAGCAACCAGGACUAUUACUUCGGCCUCCAUGUGCAAAUAUUUCUUUAUCACACUAAGCGUAAGUUGCUUCUUGCAAGUGUCCUUGUUGGUAGGCUCUAGUGAAGGAACCUCCAUGUAUUAUAAGAAAGUACAGGGAGAAAAAUACGAACCAGACUGGGUGCCCGUAUCUUCCACCGUGAUACCUUUGGUUGAGCGUGUCGUCAGCGUGGGUGCGCGUACGAAAUCUUCGCAUGGAAGCGAUGGUCACGAUGGUACGGAAGGUGUACUCGGGGCGGACGAAACCUACAAACGUGCUUACGUGAAGCACAUCAGCAAGUUCACGAAAAUUGGUACUGCAGGAGCAGAUAUUCAACCAGGAACGCUUAUUACCGGCAAAACUGCAUCAUCAACUGCAAAAGAUUAG